AUGUGUCGAGGUAUAUGUCGAGGUAUGUGUCGAGGCAUGUGUCGAGGUAUGUGUCGAGGUAUGUGUCGAGGUAUGUGUCGAGGUAUGUGUCGAGGUAUGUGUCGAGGUAUAUGUCGAGGUAUGUGUCGAGGUAUAUGUCGAGGUAUGUGUCAAGGUAUAUGUCGAGGUAUGUGUCGAGGUAUUUGUCGAGGUAUGUGUCGAGGUAUGUGUCGAGGUAUGUGUCGAGGUAUGUGUCGAGGUAUUUGUCGAGGUAUGUGUCGAGGUAUGUGUCGAGGUAUAUGUUGA